AGAGAGACAGAGAGAGAGAGAGAGAGACUCAGUCCGGACUCUUAUUCUCUAAAACACAAGAGCAAAAACUACAGUCCACAACCCGAGCGCAGGGAUUUACCUUUGAACGAGUGUUUUUUCUGGAUGUGAGAAGUUUAAAAGUCUGUUUCUGAGAAGUGUGUGUGUGUGUUGUCUUCGAGAAGUUUCUGUGAUGUGAUUUGCGAGGGUGAUGAUGAAGGUGACGUUGAUGAAGAUGAGGUUGGAUUAUUUUCCGGAUUCGUCCAGCAUCAUGAUGUGAUCUGGUGUCAUGUGAUGUGCGUGUCCUGGACAAGCUGAGACACAGAGACAGAAGAGACAGAGACAGAAGUGUGAAAGUGUCCUUGAUGGAGCGCCUGGUGUCCAUCUGGCUGCAGCUGGAGCUCUGGGCCAUGGCUGUGCUCUUAACCAGAGGAGAGAUCCGCUGUUAUUGUGACUCGCCCCACUGUGUGGCUACGGGUUACAUGUGCAAGUCGGAGCUUAACGCCUGCUUUACGCGCAUCUUGGAUCCCCAAAGCUCCAAAUCUCCACUCUCGCACGGCUGCUACGACCCCGUGCUGAACGCAGGGAGCGCGUGCCGAGCCGAGGCUACCCAGGAUGCCAUGCGCGGCCCUGUCACGCUCGAGUGCUGUCAUGAGGAUAUGUGCAAUUACAGAGGUCCGCAGGAUCUUAGCUACGGCCGGGGAGAGAGCCUGGAUCAUCGGAGUCGUACUCAGGCUGAAGGCGGCCGCCAGAUAAUCGCCCGCGUGCAGGAAAUCCCCUCGGCCAAGGAAGUGUGGUUCCGCGCCGCCGUCAUCGCCGUACCGAUUGCCGGCGGCCUCGUGCUCGUCCUCCUCAUCACGCUGGCUCUGCGGAUGCUCCGCAGCGAGAACCAGCGCCUGAGGCAGCAGCGACGCGAGAUGCUCUCUCGCCUCCACUACGGCUUCCACGGCCAACAUCUGGCCAAAAGCCGCAGCGCCAAACUCGACCUGGAGUGCAUGAUGCCUCUGGGAGGACACGAGAGCUGCUGUCUGACCUGCGAUAAAAUCAGACAAUCCGAUCCGAGCAGCCAGAGACUCUUAUCGCUGGUGCACUGGGGACGUCACGGCCCGAGAGGCAAGUUGGAGUUGGUCUGAACUCUAUCGGCAAAGCGUCAUCGUCGCGGCGGCUGCUGCUGCUGUAGAAGCACUUUACUUGAAUCUGGCACAAGAGACCUUUAAAAAAAAGUGGACCUCUUUCUAAUAACCGAAGGAAAACAAAAACGAAAAUGAGACGCGUGUCCAAGAUUUGCACUUUUGUAUAGAGAAGAAGAAGAAAAAAAUGGACGGCUUAUAUGCUUCCUAAGUGUACAGAUUUGUCCGUGUAAAUAAUACAUGACACAAAAUCA